GCAAAGCUAAAAAAAAUAAUAAUAAAAAGAGAGAGAGAGAGAGAGAGAGAAACUACAACCCUCUCUUUUUUUCCCGUUAGCCAAACAAAACCAUAUUAUUUUUGUCUCUCAAACCCUCCUCAAGAGCAGACCAGCAUUAGAAGCUUGGCUUAACCUUCUCUGACUCUCUGUCUCCCUUCUUCUCGGUUGUGUGUGUGUGUGAGUUUAAUGCAAAGCGGCGUAGGGAUGCUAAAAACUCUGACAGCACCACCUUUCGCUGUUUUCCUACCAUAACUCUUUCUUUUUCUUUUUUUUUUUUUUUUCUAUAUAUAUAAAUUUGUUUUUGUUGUACUGUAUAGAAACUGCAAAUAGCCCAACAAGUGUCUGAGCUUUCUCUGUCUGUAUCGAUCAUUGUUAUUGUUCUUUAGUCAACGUAGUUCAAUAAGGUCCUGCUGAGAGCUUGAAGACAAAAACCCAAAAAAAUGCUUGAGACGGUGAAGUAUUUCAUCGGCGCCGUCGGAGCGAGUGGCUACGGCUCCAAAUCUACGGCCGAAGAGGUCACCGAGACUUGUCCCGAUCUGCGCUCCGUCACCGCUAUCAUUACAGGUGCUACGUCGGGGAUCGGAGCAGAGACGGCUCGGGUAUUAGCGAAACGCGGUGCGAGACUGAUAUUGCCGGCUAGGAGUUUGAAAGCUGCGGAAGAAGCCAAGGCUCGCAUAGUGUCUGAGAAUCCGGAUUCGGAGAUCGUUGUCAUGUCGCUUGAUCUUAGUUCUUUAGCUUCUGUCAGACGAUUCGUCUCGGAAUUCGAAACCCUUCGUUUGCCUCUCAACCUCCUCAUAAACAACGCCGGAAAGUUUGCUCACGAGCAUGCCGUUUCUGAAGACGGAAUUGAAAUGACCUUCGCUACUAAUUAUCUAGGCCAUUUUCUGUUGACGAAACUGUUGCUGAAGAAUAUGAUUGAAACGGCAAAAGUGACAGGCGUUCAGGGCCGAAUCGUGAACGUGUCGUCGAGCAUCCACUGCUGGUUCUCCGGGGAUAUGAUCCGAUAUCUCGGUGAGAUAAGCCGAAGCAAACGUCACUACGAUGCGACACGUGCGUAUGCUCUCUCGAAGCUUGCCAACGUUCUGCACACCAAGGAACUUGCACGGAGACUCAAGGAAAUGGAGGCAAAUGUCACCGUAAACUGUGUUCAUCCUGGUAUAGUAAGGACCAGGCUCACAAGAGAACGUGAAGGAUUUGUCACAGAUUUGGUAUUCUUCUUAACUUCCAAGUUCCUAAAGACAAUCCCUCAGGCUGCUGCUACUACAUGCUAUGUUGCCACAAAUCCAAGACUGAAAAAGGUUACUGGAAAAUACUUCGCCGAUUGCAACGAAGCCUCUCCGGUGAAACUGGGUUCGAAUUUCAGCGAAGCUGCUCGGUUAUGGUCGGCAUCUGAAAUCAUGGUCUCCGAAGACCCUAAAGCAAGUUUUGAUCCAUUAUUCAACGCCUUUGAUUAAUUAUUAGUUAAUAAUGACUAGGGAAAAAAAAAUCUAGAAGUAAUUGAGAUGGACUAGAAAAAUAUUAGACCUUAUUAUAAUUUUUGUGAUAUGAAGAGGAAGGAGAACUAGGAAGAUGGAAUAUUCUAUAUAUAUAUAUAUAUAUAUAUAACACCAAAACAAUAUAUA